GAUAUACCACAUCCCUGUAUGGGUCGUCACGAGGGUCAGCAUUAGGCUGUAUGCACAAGGAGUCAGCCCAUGUUGCAAGGCCAUCACUUGGCGUGUCGCACAGCCCCGCGUCCAGCUUAAAAGGCACGCCUCAGCCAAUGUUCCUGGCGCAAUGCACCAAUACGCAAGAUGGAAAUGGAAAGUCUUCCUCGCAAUCAGAGCAAGUCUCGAACCACGUCCACGACAUCGUUGAUACAACGUUAUGAUCAUUCGACAUCAGAAGAAGCGCCCUUGGAGCUUGGACUGCCUGAAAAGAGGAACUACAUCUCUUACACUCAUUUGACAGCCGUCCUGGUAUCACUAUCCUGUUUAGUUCUCGGCAUCGUCACAGUAGCUCCUUCCGUGGGCCUUGCAUGGCGCCUGCGAUUCUCCGGCCAGAUCGUUGUCCUUGGCUUUCUGCUCAGCAUCAUGAACAUCUGCCUACAGACUAUCACGACCUUUACUUUCCUCUUACUGGAAGCACGCUUCGGUAAUUCUCGCCUCCAAAACUUCGAAGCAAUCCUGUUGGGAAGAUUUAUAGCAUCACGCGUCUCUACACUUUGGCGCAUCGCACUGCUCGGCUUGCUUGUGCUUCCUCUAGGAUUAUCGAUCGCAUACAAAAGGCUUCUUGGAGGCACGGCGAGCGGCCACUUCACAAGUAGUUUCUCCGGGGAUUCAUAUGGGAUCGGCUUUCCAGCACUCGGAAGCGAAAAUUGGCAGAACGAGUUCUUGUUCUCAGCGGUAACAUCAAUUGCAGCCUUCCGCCGUGCUGCCUUAUCGGCACAAAGUACCUAUCCGCGGACGGGGGACUUUCCUGUUGCAUACGGAUACAACGUUUUAUUGCUUAACAACGAUGCUUCGUCGGUUCUUGAUAUGCCUACCAUGGAGUACCUCACAAGUCUACAAGCUCAGCUACUUGCCAACGAGACGCUUAAUAUCAACGCAACGAUCUAUGCGUAUCAAGCGACCUACAACGCAUCGACAACAGAUCUUCAGACUAACGACGAGUUAUGGUCCAACAUCGUACAAUCGGGUUCCAUUCAAGAGGGAUUGAGUACGAUAGAGUUGUUUAGAGGCCCUCCCCGAUCCCGAUUAGGUAUGAUGCCUUUCGGCAACGAUUCGCAAGUCUUGUUUGCAGCAUACCCCAACUCAACCUCUGAAGGUGGUGUGAUGUCCUUCUCAAUUGAGGACAAUGCAGAACUCGCGCAAUUCCGAAAGCAAGCCCAGAUAUUCAGCCUGAAACGAGCUCGAUGUCGUGGAUAUUGGAGCGUAACAACUACAAGUAUAUCACUCGUUGAAGGCAGCUGCGAUGCUUCCACAGUUGAUUCGGAAGUCUUACACCAGCCUAACAUGUUACCGUACAAAUAUACUGCUCUGCCUGUCUUCCAGCUCCUGAGCAGAAACCUCACCCAGAAUCCGGAUUCGCCUUGGCUGCGGCCGAUAUAUGCGACCAGUUUAGCUACUAUGUACUGGGCUAGAGGCCUGCAAAUGCUCUCCGAGAAUGGAUCCCUAAUCACAUACGCACCCAUGGACGAGACGCUGACAAUCACUCGCAACAUACUGCGCGCCGAAGCGGCCCUCUAUCUUGUCCUAGCCAUUCAGCCUGCACUUACCAUCCUCGGCUUCGCCGUCGCUAUAUGGCUGCACAAAGUCCCCAUUGGCAGGAAUUUCGGCAUCGUGUCCAUCCUUUCCGGUCUUGAUUCGCUCAGCGUCGCGCUUCUAAGUGGUGCAGGGCUGUCUGGUAGACUCAGGGAGCCAGUGCGACUUACAGUGACUCCUCAGUCCACUUCGUCAUUGCACUCGACGUCAGGGCUGAAUGAUCCUACGGAACGUAUCCGGUAUGUCCUCAAGCCAGAGACUAUUUCCAGAAAGGAGCCACAAAUAGAGAUACCGUUCCUGAUAAGAGGGCGGAAAUACCUCUAAAUAGUCGCAGGGCUCGUAAACUUGCGUGUUCAAGAGGCCAACAGAAUGAUUUUGCGGCAUGAACUCUUCUGCUAAAAGAGGUGAACAGUCAAUGUUUAAUCUGCAAUACAAAUUGCAACACAGCUUUUCUUAGCAUUAGU